AUGGAUAGUUUAUCUUAAAAGUCUGGAAGAAGCUAGCAAUAGAAUUACUCUCAUCAAUAAACUCCUGCUAGGAAUUUAAAUGGCUCUUAUCAAAAUUAACAUCAAAUUCAAAAUAACGAUUUUUAAAGCUCAUAGAAACAAAAAUACGAAAAGAACUUAAAUUAAAGUGGAUUUAUUCAACCAAUUAGCGUGCAUCCACUCCAAUCAGAUGGGUUUUAGCAACCAAAAGAUAUUUAUGAUAAUCAAAUAACAAUGAAAUUGAAAUCACAUGAAAGAGAAGACUAAUUAACCUGCUUAAAUCUUAAAAUAAUACUUAAUCCAGGUAACAAUAUUCAUGGUCAAGUCCUUUAGAUGGAAUUAACUGAUGAACUCAACUAAUUGUUCCUUUACAUUUUGUAACUUAGUGAAACUGAUUUCUUGCAAGUAAAAAAUGACUAAAACUUAAUUGUGGAUUUCAAUGGAUUCCCAACUAAGCUUAUUGAACUUUUGGAAUUGUCUCUUAACUCUAAUAAAGAAGACAAAAUAUAGUUUGCAUGUGUUUUUGAAAUUAAAUCGAAUGGUGAAGGUUUUUUAAAAAUAACUGAGAUGAAUCAAUUUAAAACAUUAGUCCAUUUAGCAUUAAAAUUCAGAUGUGCCAAUGAUGAAGUUUUAAAAAAUUACUUAGCAAAUAAACUAACCAAAGAAUAAAAUGAAAAUGAAGAAUUGAGAAUCAAGAAUUCCAGAAUCGAAGAAUAACUGUAAGAUUCUCAAAAUAAAAAUGAAGAAUUAAACCAACAAUUAGCACGCUUUUAGUAAGAAAGAGAGCAAUAAGAAGAGUAGCUUAGACUUGAAUCUUCAAAGAAGCUCCAUCUUCAAAAAGAAGAGUACUUACAAAGAGAAAGUGAACUUAGAAAUACAUAUGAAUCAAAGCAUUAACUCAUACAAGAAAGAUUAGAAAAACAAAUUUAAGAUUUACAAAAUUAAGUUCAAAGUCUUUAGAAGUAAAAUUCAGAUCUGAACGAAGUAAAACUUAAUUUAGAUUCAUCAGUCAGAGAACUUUAAAGCAAAAAUAAAGUAAAUGAGAAAGAAUUAGACAUAGUAAAUAAAGAAAUUUAAACUUUAAGACUAGACAACAAAAAUCUUGAUAGCGUUCGUUUUGCACAAGAAAAAAAAAUUACAGAAUUAACUGUAAAAAUUGAAAGCUUGGAAAAAUAAAUCAUUGAUAAAGAUUAGUUAAUCAGCAGUUCAAAGUCCUUAAAUUCAAACAACGAAGAUUAAAAAAAAAUGCUUGAAAAGGAACUUAAUGAAAAAAAUCAGUCAAUAGAUAAGCUAGAAAAGAAAUUAGAAUAAUGCAAGGUUGAAAUCGAAAAAGGAAACGAUGUCAUAGAUAAAAUUCGUGAAGCUCUUGAAAAGAAGAAAAAGAAAUAGAAAUAAAAAGAAGCUAUUAUUCUACAACAGGAGUAAAACAUACAAAAUUUGCAAAAUAGCAUCGACACAUUAAAUAGAUAGAUAAUAGAAAUAUAAAGAGAAAAAGAUAACUCUGAAAUAAAAGUAAAAGAACUUCAAACAGCUAAUUCUGAUCUUAAAACUAAAAUCUAAGAGUCAUAAAAAGUUUUAGAAUAGAAUCAAUCAAUGAUUCAAUACUUAAAUAAUUAAUUGAACAAUACAAGACCUAAUAUCCCUACAGGAUUGUCUUCCACUUUAGCAGGAUAAACUUCAAGUGCUUAUAGACCUAAUUAUGCUGCAACCUCUACUAUUUCUCAUACUAAAUAUGGAACUUAUGCCAAUAAUUUUGGUGGUGAAGAUAGAUAUACAUAAGAUCAUCCUCGCUCUCAUACACCUCUAAGCUACAGCCAAAAAAAUAACAAUCCUUUGCAGUACACUAAUCUAUAUAGUUAAAGUUUAAAUUAAGGUGCCACAUAUCAUUUAACUAAAUCUCCACUUACAAAAGAUUUUGAUUAUGAUAAUGAAGAAAAAGGAUAGGAAAAUCAUACAAACUUAAAUACAAAAUACACAGCUACUCUUGGUGGUUAAAGAAACAGCAAUAGUUUUAGUGUAAACAACACAAUAAGUGCUGUUGGAGAAGGAAAUAUUGUUCCAAUAAAAUAUCGUGAUCCAACAAAAAAUUAGUGA